AUGAGCCAUAGCAACAGCAGGUAGUGAGUCCAUAGCAACGGACACUUAAGGAAGUGUAAUGCUAAUAUUGCAAAAGUUCUGUAGAUUUUUAUGAAGAAAUUGAACACACUUAUUUUAUUUUUGCCUUUUGUGUUUUAAAUAUGGAGGAUGAAAAGCAACUUAGUCGUCCCAAACGCAUUUUUAUCAACGACGUCCACAGGUAUUCCUCCAAACACAUCGCAAAGUUUUUAUCAACAUGUGUGGAAGGAGAGAGCUCUGAGGAAGCAGAGGCUGAGGACACGAUAGACUCCACACGCGGUGAACCUGCUUUUAAUAUAGUAGGAACUGUACCUGCUGACACUAAAGAGGAGAAACGAAGCUUUCUACUUAAACAAUAUACAUCACCGACUCGAGAUGAGCUUCUUCACUGCCUGCUGGAGUGUGAUGUCGUGGUGUACAAUAUUUCCGAAACUGGUUCACAGCAGCAGAUUGAAGAGGCAACAUGGGCGCUCAAAGCCCUUCAAGCUGAGAUGGAAAACUUUGAGUCUCAGAAAAUGUUCAUCUUAGUCUCCACUGUGAUGACAUGGGCCAUGACAAAGUCACAGAAUCCGGAUGAAACAGAUGGGCUGCUCACAGAGGAAGAGUACAUAAGAAGAAGACCACAUCUCAGUUUCAGAAACCACCAUAAUCUGGAAAAACUUGUGCUCAAACUGAAGGGAGGUAAAAAGUCCAAGCUAAGGGGCUACGUUGUUUGUUCUGGCCUUCAGUAUGGAAAGGGAGAGAACCUCUUUCACUUCUUUUUCAAGGUGUCUUGGUUGAUGCAGUCUCCAAAAGUUCCUCUAUUUGGACAGGGUUCAAAUUACAUCCCCAUGAUUCACGUAAACGACCUGGGAGGAGUGAUCCAAAACCUCAUUGAAAUCAAGCCGAAGUUGAAGUCAAAGUAUGUUCUUGCUGUGGAUGACUCUAAGAACACUUUGGAGGAUAUCGUAAAGAUGAUCAGUGAUACCUUUGGUCCUGGAAAGAUUAACAUACUACCUGAAGAUGAGGCCACCGUCAUGAAGGCUUUUACACCAGAGGAGUUACAGUUCCUGAGCAUCAACCUGCGCCUGGAUACUUUCGUCAUUAAAGACUCCUUCAGUCUGCGCUGGACGUCAGAGGGUGGCAUGGUUGAGAACAUUAAGAGCGUUGUGAAGGAGUACAAAGACACCAGGCAGCUACUUCCAAUCAGAAUCUGCCUUGUUGGACCUCCAGCCGUGGGCAAAACCACACUUGCAGAGAAGCUCUGCAGGCAUUACCAAAUCCAUCACAUUAAGAUCAAAGAGGUCAUUGAGGAAAAGCUCUCACAGCUGAAGAAGAUAAUGAAUGGAGCUGACUCUGAACAUGAGAGUGACGAGGUCACUGCUGCUGCACAGAAACAACUGGAAGCUUUGAACAAAAGCAUGGAAAUGAAUGCAGGUAGACUGGCUGAUCAUCUCGUCUUUGACAUGUUACAAGAAAAGCUGCAUUCAAAACCAUGCAGGAACCAAGGCUUUGUCCUCGAUGGCUUCCCAAGGACUUAUGAGGAAGCAAGGUUGAUUUUCACUGAGGGGGUCACAGAGAACCCGGAUUCAAAGACUCAAAUACCUGUAUUCAACAAGGAGAUCACUCCAGAGCAUGUCUUUGCACUAAAUGCCUCAGAUGAUUUCCUGACAAAGAGAGCACAGGGGCUUCCUCAGAGAUUGGCAGAGCUGAUGCACUACACCCAGGAGGAGUUUAUAGCUCGUCUGGGAAGAUACAGAGAGCUUAGUACUGCUGAGGAAACCCUGCUGGACUACUUUGAUGAGAUUGAGAUUCAUCCUGAACAUAUUGAGAUCACUGCAGGUGAUCCAGAGUACACAGGAGCUCUGAAGAAGAUCACUGAGACAGUCGGGCUCCCUAAGAACUACGGCCUGAGCCCAGAGGAGCUGGAGGAGGAUGAGAGGAAGAAAGAGGAAGGGAGGAGACAGAAAGUGGCUGCAGAGGAUGCUGAGAGGAAACACAGGAAGGAAGCAGCGCUGGCUGAGAUGGCUGCUCAGUAUGAGGAGUGGCAAAAGAAUCUACGUGAGCUGAAGAGACAGGAGCAGGAGCUGCUAGAGGCUCGCUGUCUCCCUCUGAGGAACUACCUGAUGAAGUAUGUGAUGCCUUCGCUCACUGAGGCCAUGCUGGAGUGCAGCAGGAUCAAACCAGAAGACCCUGUGGACUUUUUGGCUGAACAUCUGCUACUCAACAAUCAAGAUGAACAACAAUAAUGAAAUGAUACCAUACAUGUUAUCUGAGGGGGUGAAUAUUCAACAACUCCAUCUGGUCUGUGACUCAGCUCCCUCUGCACUGAAGAGUCAGCACUUACUGGAAGAAGCAUGCCCAGUCUGGUCCACAUCCAGUGAAGAUGUAAACACAGUUUUGUUCAGGGAUACUUCUUGCUGAGAGACAGAGCUAAUUAGUGAUUUUAAAAAAUGGAUCAGGAAAGUUGUACUCCCACAUUUUGAGACAAAGAAAAUAACCAAAGAAACAUACUCCAUCAUUCCUACUGUAUUUUACAAGAGCACAAUGCAUUAGUCUAACUUCUCAACACUAGGUGGUGCAGAAACUCUUUCCAAAAGCUCCACUGAGGCAAAACAAAGGAGCAGUGGUAUUCAAGUGUCUGUUAAAGUUUAUGGAUGAAUCACUCUUCCACUUAAAGACUUAAAGUAUUUUCCCAUGCUUUAACGCUUCCUUUCUUUGUUUCUUAAUUAAAAAAUCUGGCCUUUGUUCUUCUAUUGUAGUAAAAUGUGUUCCUUUUGUUGUUGUGGACAUUAAAGUCAGAGCGGUGUCUGGA